AUGUCAACACGACAACUUGAAGUUCUUCGUCUUUAUCGAGAUUUACUUAAAUAUAGUCAAACAUUAAAAUAUACAGAUGUUGAUUUUUAUUUAACAAGAAUUAAACAAGAAUUUGCUAAAGGAAAGCUAUUAGAGAAUGAAGAUGAAAUUGCACGACAAAUAGCGAAAGGUCAAGAAUUUUUAAAAAACAAACGUCUCAUCUAA